AACUAGAACCACCAUGAACCUAUAGCUCCAUCUAAAUAGGCACACAAUGAGCUAGCUAUAGAGACACAACACAACCUCUUUCUGCCACUCUGUGCUUCUGUUUGUUUCCCUCAUCACACCCCACAAACCAUCUCCAUCCUUUUAAAUAACAUCCAACUUCCACACACCAUGACCUGCACUUUUCAGCAUUUGCAAUGACACAAUUGCCCAUCACCCUCACCCCUAAGCAACAAAGCAAGGACACCACAACACCAAACCUUACAAAGAACACCAAAAGGUCAUUAUAGUCAUUCACAUGCUAUAGUCCAACUCUGUGUACUGUAUCAACUGUAAUCUAAGGAUAAGCAUAGAUCUGCAGAACCACCCUCUCUCUCUCUCUCUCCCUCUCUCUCUCUCUCUGUGAUAUCAUGAGAUUCUUUGUUAUAUACUAGAUUCUGAACUCUCAGUUGCCGGAAUAUUCCUUUCUGCUUCACCGGAGACAUGGGUUUUCACUGAAAACGGAAAUGGGUGGUGAGGACUUCGCCGGAGAAUCCAGAACGGCGGCGGAGCUACCUACGGGAGCUUCAAUCCUCCGGCGAGCUGUGGUACUCAUCUGUUCCGUCCUCUCUCUCUCACACUCGAUCAAGGUCUUCGCCGGAAAAUGGCAAGUCAUCCGGAGCAAGCUGGAGGAGCUUCAAUCCGGUCUAAUCGCCGCCGAGAAUUGCGAUUCCGGUGAGAAUCCUUCUCUUUCCCGGUUGGUUCCUUCCAUUGUGGCCACCGUUUUGGAGUGCCACGAUCUGGGUCAGCGUUGCAUCGAUGUUUCAUACAGUGGGAAGCUUCUGAUGCAGAGUGAUUUGGACGUGGCGUUCGCGAAGCUCGAUGGGUUGACGAAGAAGCUCGCGGAGAUUUACAGGACGGGGAUUUUGACAAAUGGGUAUGCGCUCGUUGUGUCGAAACCGUGUCUUGGAGCUUCCAAAGAGGACAUGAGAUUCUACGUGAGGGACUUGUUGACGAGGAUGAAGAUUGGGGAUUUGGGUAUGAAGAAACAGGCUUUGAGGAAUCUUCUUGAGGUUGUGGUGGAGGAUGAGAAGUUUGUGAAGGUGAUUGUGGAUGUGGGGGAUGUUGUUCAUUUGCUGGUGGGUUUUCUUGGUUCAUUGGAGGAGGAAAUCCAAGAAGAGAGUGCUAAGGUGGUUGCUGUGGUUGCAGGGUUUGAUUCCUAUAAAGGGGUUUUGGUUGGUGCUGGUGUUAUUGCGCCUCUGAUUCGGGUUUUGGAUUGUGGGAGUGAGUUAGGGAAGGUUGCGUCUGCAAGGUGUUUGAUGAAGUUAACUGAGAAUUCGGACAAUGCUUGGUGUGUUUCUGCUCAAGGAGGUGUCACUGCCUUGUUGAAUAUUUGUGGAGAUGCAGAUUCUAAAGGGGAUUUGGUUGGUCCUGCUUGUGGGGUGUUGAGAAAUCUUCUUGGUGUUGAGGAAAUUAAGAGGUUUAUGAUUGAGGAGGGUGUUGUUUCCACGUUUAUCAGGCUUGUGAAAUCAAAGGAGGAAGCAAUUCAGGUGAAUUCCAUAGCAUUCAUUCAGAGUAUUUCCUCUGGAGAUGAGUUGGUUAGACAGAUGGUGGUUAGAGAAGGUGGAAUUCGAGCUUUGUUACGUCUUUUGGAUCCUAAAUGGUCGAAUUCUUCGAAAACCAGGGAGAUUGCAAUGAGGGCUGUUGAGAAUUUGUGUUUUUCAUCAUCUAGCUCUGUGAGUAUUUUGAUUAGUUAUGGCUUUGUGGAUCAGCUGCUAUAUUAUCUUCGAAAUGGUGAGGUUUCGAUUCUAGAGUUGGCUCUGAAAGUGGCGUUUAGCUUGAGUGGAACAUCAGAGGAAGCUAAGAAAGCAAUGGGUGAUGCAGGUUUCAUGUCAGAGCUUGUUAAGUUUCUGAAUGCAAAAUCAUUUGAAGUUCGUGAGAUGGCAGCAGAGGCACUCUCUGCAAUUGUUAUGGUACCUAGAAAUAGGAAGAGAUUUGUGCAGGAUGACCAUAACAUAGCCCUCCUUUUGCAAUUGCUUGAUCCCAAUGAGGGAAAUUCAGGUAACAAAAAGUUCUUGAUCUCUAUCUUGAUGUCAUUGACAAACUGCAACAGUGGUAGGAAAAAGAUUGUAAGUUCUGGAUAUGCCAAAAACAUAGACAAACUUGCUGAGGCUGAAGGUUCAUCUGAUGCCAAGAGACUUGUGAAGAAGCUAUCUACAAACCGGUUCCGCAGUAUGUUGAAUGGAAUCUGGCACUCAUGAAUGUGAUUCAUUUUUCACUUUUUUUUUAACUGUAUAUUUACUUAAGUGUUUUACAAGUUUUGCUAAUUUGUUUAAUUGUUUCCCCCUUCUGUUUUAUUUCAUUGGCCUUAACAAGAUUAGCACAUCUUUAUGUUGAGAUUGUAACCACAUGUAGUGAUACCAUAAAAGCUUUGUUGUAGAUUUUCUUGAGGACACUUUACCAUUGCUGUUAUUAGGCAUUGAGCUAUGGUGGAUUGUACCAAAAGAAGGAAAGAAUUUAUAUUAAUAUUAUAUUAUCUUUACUAAGCAUAA